AUUUGACAUUUUCACAAAGUUUUGUUUAUUUUCUUUAGAGAAUUUUACUUCUUACAAAAAACUUGCCGGAAAAGCGUGAAAACUCACGAAAAAAAGGGAAAAUUAGUUGGAUUGCGGUGAAAGAUAAGGUGGUGCACAAUGUGCCGAAUAUUAGUUUAUGGUUGCCAGGCAUUUGAGAGUGUCUCCUCGAAGAGCAACAAGACAACCCUGGUGUUUUGUAAACAGAAAGUUAAUAUUGUAAAAAUUGAAAAUAAUUCCGCUGGCGAGGAAGUUUUCGCGACGGAAAUCUUCGUGGGGCAUGACAUACUUCCGGAUUCGCAUGAAUUCCUCUUCCUGCCGGCAAUAAAAGAUGAGCGGGAGGAGGUAAUUGAUGUCGAUCAGCCGCAUGAAGAGUAUGUGGAAGCUGUGGAGGCUGCUGAGAGCCUCGAACCCAUCACGACGCUCCAGCUAUCGGCAAAAGAGGAAGAAGAUUCUACGGAUUUUUUCGAUGAUGAAGACAUUAAACCCCUGGUGGAGCAUCAAGGACCCAGAGUGAUGCGAAAGAAGCGCGGGAAGAGUAUAAAAUAUGAUUAUAUUCUCGAGGAAGGGCGCGUAAAGUGCAAUUUGUGCAAUAAAACACUCAAGACACGUCGCAGCUACCGGAGUCACAUGAAGCUGCAUCGACGACAGCAAUUCCUCUGCGACAUCUGCUCCAAAACCUUCGUGAGCGUGGAGAAAAUUCGUCGGCAUAUGCGGGUGCACACGGGUGAGAAGGAAUUUCUCUGCGAUUUAUGCUCCAAAUCUUUCGACUAUCGACACAAUCUUGAAAUUCACAUGCGCUCACACACCAAGGAGCGUCCCUACAAGUGCCAUCUCUGCCCAAAGACGUACACAACGCAGGGUAAUCUCAAUUUCCACGUACAAGGGCAUGGGGGUCUCAAGAGCUACGUGUGUGAGAUAUGUGGGAAGGCGUGGAGUCGCAAGAGGAGCCUCAAGGCCCACCUGAAUACCCACAAUGAUCAGAAAUUGUUCAAAUGUGAACUCUGUGGCAAAGAAUUCUCCCAUCCGUCGUGCAAGAAUCGUCACAUGAAGGUGCACACGGGGGAGAAGAGACAUAAAUGUGAAAUUUGCUCAAAAGCCUUCGCGAGGCGUGAUCACGCACGCAAUCACAUGCAAUUGCACGUGAAAUGGGGCACAAAAGUACCGCCGCAGCUAUAGGACAGGCACGAUGGGGUGGAUGAGCGGGAAUCUGUGGAUGUUCCCCUAGCGCAAACAUUUGACACCACCCCAUCGUUGCAGCCAACAAUCUUCCCCCCUGAUUAUCAUUGAGUGUCAUCCGCGAGAAAAUUAGGUGGAGGAAGGGAUUUAAUUUAUUAUUAAAUCAUUAAAAUCCAAUAGGAAAAAAAUGCUAUCAAUUGAAAAAAAUAAUAAAAUAAGCUGAAUAUCUUAUAAGAAUUAUGAAAAGAUAAAUCUUAAGAAGUAGCAAUUAAUUCAAUAGAGUAAAGUAAUACAAUAUAGAGAGGGAAAAUAUAAGCAUGAAUUGUGAAAAUUCACAAUUUAUUUCAGCCCAUAAGAGUAAUUUGAAAGAAAAAAGAUAAAUCCAUGUAAAAUUCUAAUCAAAAUAGCUUACAGAUUGUUUAAUUUGUCUCUUUUAGAGUGCUAAAAAUUGUAAAUAAAUUGCUGAUGUAAUAAAGUUUUUCUUAAAAGAA